GGGUUCGCUGGGAUUAAUGGGCUUCGCUGGGAUUAGUGGGGUUCGCUGGGAUUAGUGAGGUUCGGUGGGAAUAAAGCCGCGGUGAGGUGGGUUUUGGACCCGCGGGGCUUUGGGGAGGGCGAGCUGCGUGCCCGGGGCAGGCCCGAGGCCUUUCCUUAGCGCUCGUCCCCUCUCCAAACUGGCGAUCCCAGCAGAGAUAUUUGAUAAAUCUCCUCAUUUUCAGGUCAAAUCUCCUCAUUUUCAGGUCAAACCUCCUUCCUCCCUGUUGUAGCAACGCGUCUGAGGGGCAUUUCUAACGUAGUCCCUCCUCAUUCCCUAAAGGAGCUUCAGGAGCUGAGUAACUCUGGAUGCAGCCGGGCUGAAUCCCUCCCGGAGGUUGUUAAAAACAACGCCAUUCGCUGAAUUUUUGGGGUUUUUCUUGCUCUUUUUUUUUUUUUUUAAAGGUUGGAGCUGAGAGAUUUCUGCUUUCUGACGUCGAUUUUUGUUAUGGAAACGCCAAAAAGAGAUUUUUGUUGUUGUUGCAGAGCCUCCAGUGUAUUCCCGGAAUUGCACUCAGGGUCGAACUUCCUAAAUAAAACCCGGUUUUAUUUGGCUAUAAAAAAAAUAGAAAUAAAUAAAAGGGAGUUUGCAGAGGAAAUAAAGGAUUUUGGGGUUGGAUUUGGGCACAGCUGAAGCAGAGCAGGAAUUUUCCAGGUGAAACUUCCUGCUGGUGUCACUUGCCAGCUCCAGUGACUUUUUUCCAAGGUGAAAUCCAGGGAAAAUCCAAUUUUUUUUGGGGGGGAAAAAUCCAAUCUUUUUGGGAUUUAAGAAAAGAUUCCUGUGAGGGGGAAGAAUUGCCACAGGAAAUCUCUGCCAGGCUUUAGGGUUGAGCUCAGAAAUACAGGAAAAAAAAAAAAAAAGAAAAGAAAUUUUCUUUAAUUUCUGUUUUAUUCAAGAGUGGAUGUAGCAGCUUCCCUUGGUUUGGAGUUGAUUCCUGAGGAGGAAAAGCUGGAGGAGAGAGAGAAAAAAAAAGGCUAAAAAAAGGGGUCAAAAAGUGGAAUUCCUGCUGCUUUUCCUCCUUGUGUCACCUGACAAACAGGAGGUGAAUCAUCAGGAAUUUAAGGCAGGAUUGAAGCAGCAGGAGAGGAUUUUCCAGGGAAAUUCAGGGGUUUUAAAUCCAAGAAUUCCUCACAGGGAGGUGCAGAAAAACUUCUUUAUUUUCCCUUUAAAAAAUCCAAAGGUUGUGUUGGGUUUUUGGUCUGGGUUUUGCUGCCUCUCAGCUGCUGCAUUUUUGAUUUUUAGAAUUUUUUUUAACAAAUAAUUGGUUUAAAAAAAUAUUUUCCUACAAAAGUUUUAAUGGAAUUCUGGACAAGAAAUUCUUUAAAAUCCUCAUUAAUUCAUUCAAGACCUGCUGAGUGCACCAGAGUUACUCAUUUUUAUUCAGAUUUUUUUUUUUUUAUUGCCACCUUGACACUGCUUUAAAAGUUUUUUAAUGAACUUUUUUUUAUCAUUAAAUCACCUUGAUAAAGAGUAGAAAUAUGAAGGGUUUUGGAGGGGGAGGUUUGGUUGAUUUUUUUUUCUGUUGCUGUCGUUGAUUUUUAAGGUUUUAUUCCAAUUCUUGAUGGGAAAUUCAAACUCUGAACUGAAACAUUGGGAAAAUGUGGGAAGGCAAAAAAAGCUGAUUGAAUUCCUGAAGCAAUGAAAUCUCAGGGGAUUUUCUUUCCCUGCCCCUCAGGCUGGUGGAUGUAGGAAAUGUUGCAUUUUUUAGGUUGUGGAAAAUCCCUGAGGAAAGGAAAUCCCACCUUCCAUUCCUGCUUUUAUCCCCCCCCAUUCCCAGGAUUUCAGUGUUGCCUUCAGCAAAACCAGAAGAAUUCAGGCUCGAAAUCUCAUUUUAACUCCUGACAGCACUGGGGAAAACACCUGGGAAAACUUCAGCUUCCACAAGAAGAAAAUAUCCAGGAAUUUUUAGGAAUAAAUUCCCUGGAAAAUCUGAUUUUUGAAGGUGCAAAAGUGGAGAUGGAAGAACAAGAGGGAACCCUGCACAAAAAAAACAACCAAUAAUUAAUAUGAGAACCCAAUUUUUCCUCUCUUUAUUUUAGAUUUGGGAAAAUUCCUUGGCCAAAACAAACCAAAAAAAAAAAAAAAUAUAUCCUGGGAAAAUUCACUAGUGUUUGUGUGAGUAAAAGGUUCAAACUGUUUCUUCUUAAGCUGUAAAGAACAAUUUCACUGAGUUCUGUCCUCCCCAAAGAGGGAGAAAUCCUUUGCACAGAAAUGUCUGAGGGGUAAAAUUGACUUUUAGUUGGAUUUUAGCUGGUUUGGUUACGAGGUUGUGUGAAAAAGAAGCCUAAAAAAUCAGAUUUUUAGAAGAAAAAUGGGAUUCACGUGAAAAAAAAACCUCAAUUUUUGGUGGCACCAAAACCCCCAUGAGCUGCAGGAUUGCAUCCAAGGGGAGCUAAUGAUGGGUGGGUGGAUUAGGGAGCAGCACAAAUGGCAAAAUUGGGAUAUUUGAUGGAAAACCCAACUUAAUUCCUGCCCAAAAUCCCCAACCAAUUCCUGCUUUUCCUUGGGUGAGGGGUGGGGAUGUGUCCCCAAAUCCCCUCUCACCUCAUCCAAAACCCCUCAAAUAAUCUCAUUUCUCCCCCAGUGAGACAUUGAUGUGGGAAAUAGGCCCAAAAUUCUGAUUUUUUGGGGUUUUUUUUUUUGCUGUUUUUUCUCCUUGUUGUGCUGUCCCUCCCUGUGGGGUGUGUAUAAACACAUUUCUGGGUUUAUACACACAAAUUUGGGGUUGGUUUUUUUUGAUUUUUUUUAUUUACUGUACAGGUGAUAAAGACGGGGGAAGGUUUUUGUGUUUUCUUAAUAGGUGAAGAAAUCUCAGAAGAUCCUGAAAUUGCAACUUACUGAAUUAAAUAAUUAAAAAAAAAAUUAAAAAAAAAAAUUAGAAAUUUCCCCAGCUGUGGAAGAUGGAGCCUCAUUUUUGCAGCCACUUUGAAUCCUGAGUUCAUCUUAAAAAAAAAAAGGCGCUGGGGAUUUUUUUUUUUAUAUUUUUUGUUGUUUUUUUUUUUUAUUUUUUUUUUAUUGGAAGAGCUAAAAUAUCCCUGGCUGUCUCCAGUGUGCCAGAUUUGCAAUGGACUCAAUUCCUCCAUUAGUUGUCAGAUUGUUCUGAGAGCACCUCAGAGUUUGGAGUUGUUGGCUGAGAGGUUCCCUUGGAAUUGUCAGGAGGAAAAAAAAAAAACCAAAACAAAACAAAAAAAAAAAAAGGCAAAAUUCAAAAAUUCUUUCUGCCCCUUUGUUAUUCAUUCACGGACUCCUUCGGCCUACAGGAGAGGGAACUGCAUGGCUGGGAAGAUCAAAGGCUGGGCUCAGCGUGGCCAGGGUCAUUUUUAAAAAGAAGCUGUCAGAGCUAAGCCAGGAGAAGCCUUUGAGAAGCCAAUUCCUGCCCAGGCUGGAGGAGGGAGAGCCCUGGGAGGAGCAAACCCUGAGUAGGGAGUGAGGAUCCUGCAGCAUGUCCAGCCAGGGCGAUGACUGCUACUUCUACUUCUACUCCACCUGCAACAAGGGGGAUUCCUGUUCCUUCCGGCACUGCGAGGCCGCGCUGGGCAGCGAGACCGUGUGCACGCUGUGGCAGGAGGGGAGGUGCUUCAGGAACAUCUGCAGGUUCAGGCACAUGGAAAUCGAUAAAAAGAGGAGUGAGAUUGCCUGUUACUGGGAGAACCAGCCUGGGGGCUGCCAGAAGCACAACUGCGCUUUCCACCACGCCAAGGGGCGCUACGUGGACGGGCUCUUCCUGCCCCCCAGCAAAACCACUCUCCCAAGCCCCCCUGAGGCUGCAGAGGACGAGGUGAAGAUGGUGCAGCUGCAGCAGAACAAACUCUCUGUUCAGUCCAACCCCUCCCCACAGCUCAGGGGGGUGAUGAAAGUGGAGAACUCUGAGAAUGUGCCCAGCCCCACCCAUCCCCCCGUGGUCAUCAACGCUGCAGAUGAUGAUGAAGAUGAUGAUGACCAACUUUCUGAAGAAGGAGAAGAAACCAAACCCCCAGUCCAGCCCCCAGCCACAGAGACCCACAAUGGGCUGAGGGUGAUUUCCACCAGGAAAUCCAACCCCAGUGCAAAGCCAGAUGACAACUUAAAUUUUGGAAUAAAAACCUUGGAAGAGAUCAAACUGAAGAAACUCAAGGAAAAAGCCAAAAAACAAGAAGGUCCUUCAGGAGCGGCUGUGGAUCCUCUCCAAGCCCGGAGCAUUCCCGUGCCAGAGAAGGAAAACGUCCGGACCGUGCUGAGAACUGUGACCCUCUCCUCCAAGGAAGGGGAAGACCCUGUGAUCCAGCUGAAUCUUCCUGACAGACUGGGAAAAAGGAAAACCCUCACAGGUGGGAAAACUUUCCUUCCCCUGAGGAGGAACGUUGCUGACAGGCUGGGGAGGAAGGCAGAGCUGCAGGAAAACACUGAAAAGGCCCCAAAAAGAGGCACAGUCCAAGUCCUGAAGUCCCUGAAGGAGAGGCUGGGGCUGCCCUCUGAGCAGAGCAGCACCGAGACAGACAAAGCUGCCAAGCCCAUCGAGGAGAUCCGGGUGAAAACCCUGGAGGAAAUCCGCCUGGAAAGAGCCAACCAGAGGAGAGGGGAACCCCCAGCCAAAAUCCCAGGAGAAGGAAGGAAAACUGAAGAUCCCAAUUUAGGAGCAAGACCCUCCCCUGCUGUCCGCACCAAAUCCCUGACGGGAGCCCUGGUAGAAAAAAACCACAAAAGGUUGGGAGAGGAGAAGGAAAAACCCGAGGAAUUCAGCAGCAGGGCCAAAAGUGAGGCUGAUGCCAGGAAACAGAACAUUCCUGCUCCAGCUGUGGCAGGCAGGGUGCAGCUGGCAGAGCCUGGAAGAGCCAAAGGAGCCGGAGAAGUUCGGAUCAAAACCUUGGAGGAGAUCAAGAGGGAGAAGGCGCUGAGGAUGCAGCAGAGCGGGGAGAACCUUCCUGCUGCUGCCCCGGCCGAGGCUGCCCUGAGGGGCAGGAAACUGCUCAGGGUCACCAAGCUCGUGGCACCUGGAAGAGAAGAAAAAAUGAUCGUGGAGCUGAACAAACCUUCCCCCAAAAAUGGCUCUGCACCUGCUGAGAAUUCAGGGAAUUCUGGAGUUCAGGUGAAGAGCCUGGAGGAAAUCAUGUGGGAGAAACGGCAGCUGAAACAACGGCAGGAGGAGAAACUGCAGCAGGGAUCUGGGACAAUUCCAGCUGGGAGCCAGGAGAGGAACCAGGAGAAAAACCAGGAGAGAAACCAGAGAAACCAGGAGAAAAACCAGGAGAGGAACCAGAGAAACCAGGAGAAAAACCAGGAGAGGAGCCCGGAGAGGAACCAGGAGAGGAACCAGGAGAGGAACCAGGAGAGGAAGCAGGAGAGGAAGCAGGAGAGGAACCAGGAGAGGAAGCAGGAGAAGCCCCCGGGGUCAGGGAGCCCCGAGGCCGCUGUGGGGUCAGCCCAGCUGGGCAGGAGGAGAGGGGGCAGGUCCCAGGAGGAUGGAGGGACAAACCCAGAGAAGGAUCCAGGGAAAAAGGGAGCUCAGCUGCCCGAGAGGAGAGGCAGAGCCAAAGCCAAGGUGUGCCUGAAGCCUCUGGAUGGCAAAGCCACUCCCAAGCAGCCCCUGAAGAGGAAGGGCCCCGAGGGCCACCCCCCUGCUGUGGUGGCAGUGAAGCCACUCAGUGCCACCAGCGGGGACACCCAGGAGCCCUCAGCCAAGGUUCUUGUUCCCACUCCUGAGGACAGCCUGGGCUCCAAGCCUCGGAGGGAGAAUUCCCAGAGCAGCCCCCAGCUGCAGCCUGGCAGCCAGGGGGAUUCCCUGGCACAGUCAGAGGUGUCGGGAUCCUCCUCCUCCUCCUCCUCCUCCCUGGAGGCUCCGCUGAAGCUGCGGCGCCUGAGCUCGGCCGGCGCCGCCAAAGCCGCGCUCUCGGUGGAGGACGACUUCGAGAAGCUCAUCUGGGAGAUCUCUGGGGGAAAGCUGGAGGCAGAAAUCGACCUGGAUCCAGGCAAGGAUGAGGAUGAUCUCCUGCUGGAACUCUCGGAGAUGAUUGACAGCUGAGAGGGGAGGUUUUUUAUGAAAAAAAAAAAAAAAGCAAAAUCCGGGGAAACGACGCGUCGCCAAAAAAAACAAACCCUAAAAAAGCAAAAUUUCCUCCCGACACCCCGCAGAAACUCUGUAAAUGUUGUUGGAUCCGUGGAGGAGAUGCUCUCCCAGCUGGAAGCACGGUUGGGUUGUUAGGAAUAGGCAGAGUCUGCUCUCAGUUGUCCCAAAAUUCCAGGCUGAGUUUGUCCCGGCGGCUCCUCCCACACAGGACAGGACAGAGCACUUGGAAUUCCCUGGGGGGACACAGAUCCCACUGCAGAGCUCCCUCCUGGACAGAGAACCCCAAAAAUCCCUGGAGUUACUAUGUCAACUCUGGAAUCCACGGAUGGACUCGGAAUUGGGGGGAAUUCAGGGAAAAGAGGGGGUGGAAAAAGGCGAGGCAGGAUUUUGGACCAAACCCCGCCAGGGUGAGCCUGGCUCCAAACGAUCUGGGGGGAUUUUUCCUGGGAUCCUGGGCUGGGGGGAAGGCAAAAUUCCUCCUGGGAUUUGGGAAAAGGAGCAUUGCUUCAAGUGCCUCUGGGUUCUGAGGAUUUCUCCCUGCAAUGAAGCUCCCACAUCCAGCUGGGAUCCUUUUGGGAAGGGGGGAAAAAAAACCACCUGGAAUGUUCCCCCCUUGGCUGCUUCCCUCUUUUCCAGCCUCCUUUGGAGAUGGGAUUGGGUGGAAUCCCCGUGGGUUUGAUCUUUUUUUUUUUCAUUUUGUUUUUUGGGUUUUGUUUUUUCCUGUAAAUAUUUUAUUCUUCCAUUUUAUAUUUGUAUGAUUCUAUUUAAGGGAUUAAAGGUAGGCUGCUCACUGUGGUGUCCGUGCA